CAUGGGAAGAGCUGCCCAGAAAACCCUCCUCUCUUUACUCUGCAUAACAGCAGUGGUUUGUGCAGAUAAAGACACCUGCCCAGAUGUAAGAAUAGUGGGUCUCAGUGGUUCUGAGAAACUUACCGUUCUCCAGGGCUGCCCUGGGAUUCCUGGAGCUGCAGGUCCCAAAGGAGAACCCGGAGUUGCGGGAAUGAAAGGAGAUAAUGGAGCCCCUGGAGCCUCAGCAACAAUAGGCGAGAAACAGCUGGACGAUGCCCUGUGCAGGAAAGGAGCACGGGACUGCAAGCAGCUGUUAAGCGAAGGGAAUUCUCUGAGUGGCUGGUACACCAUUUUUACGCAGGACUGUGUUGCCAUGACUGUGCUGUGUGACAUGGACACGGAUGGCGGAGGAUGGAUUGUUUUCCAAAAACGGGUGGAUGGUUUGGUGGAUUUUUUCCGCGAUUGGAAUUCGUACAAGAGAGGUUUUGGCAGUCGGCUGUCAGAAUUCUGGCUGGGGAACGACAAUAUCCACCUGCUGACGUCAAUUGGAACCCAGGAACUGCGCAUUGAUCUCAGGGAUUUUGAAGACAACCGUGUAUUUGCCAAGUACAAGUCAUUCAAAAUAUUAGGGGAGACUGAGAAAUACAAGCUGAUCCUUGGAGACUUUCUUGGUGGGACUGCAGGGGAUUCUCUAUCGGUUCACAAGGGCAUGGCCUUUUCAACCAAGGACGGUGACAAUGAUCAGAGCACAGACAACUGUGCUACAGCCUACCUGGGGGCCUGGUGGUACAAUGGAUGUCAUCACUCCAACCUGAAUGGAUUUUAUUGGCGGGAGAGACAAGAGAAGCAUGCUACUGGCAUAAACUGGUUGGCAGGAAAAGGUCAUGGCUAUUCCUAUAAGUUCUCUGAAAUGAAAUUUAGGCCGGUUUAGCCCAGCUGGAGGACCGCUGCAGGCUGCUCCCACUGAGGGUCUCCCCUGCCUGAGGGUGGGAGAUACUCACCUCAUUUUGCAGCCACUACUUUUCACUUGAUCGUUU